AUGGUAAAAAGAAGAAAUUUAAAACGAACCGCCAAAAAAGCGUCAAUAUCACCAGAAACAGAGUCUGGACCACAGCGAAUUGAUAACUUGGCGGGUUCAACUACUUCCAAGCAGAUAGCUAGCCAUACAAACCAGUCUGUUUUAUUAAAAAUAUGUAGACUUUGUGAGAGUAAAGAUGGCCCAUUUCUGGAUAUAUUUGAUGCUGAAAGGAUAAUAGCUAAAAAAAUUUAUGAUAUAAUGCCAUUUGUGAUUGCUGAGAAUGAUAAUUUACCUCAAAAAAUAUGCUUUCGUUGUUCAGCUAAAGUAGAAGAAUUGCAUGAGUUUAUACAAAAGUGCUUAAAUGCGCAGAAAACUCUUUGUAAAGCUAUGGGCAUGGAAAAUACAAUAACAGUUAAACCAAGAAGAGAUGAAGUAAUCUGGGAAAAAAAGUUGAAUGAAUGCAACAUUUCUAAUGAUGAUAUUUGCAAAGCCCUUGUUAAAAAGGCAAUUGAGGGUAUUCCUACCUUAACACUUAAGGAUGAUGAACCAAUUUUGUUUAAAAAACAAGUUGGAAGUGACUCUAAACUAUUAAAUGAGAAAAGUUAUGAAGUAGAAGAUAUGUUAAUAGCAAAAGAACAAAAACAAAAAAGUAAUCUUAGCACUCAGACUCAUGAAGAAAAUGAAAAGACUUCAUCUUCUGAUGAUGAAGAUGUACCUCUUCAGGAAACUUCAAAAGAAUCUCAGAAAAAACUUGAGAAAGUUGGGCCGGAAAACAAAAUAAUUAAAACUAAUAUGUUUAGUGUUGACUCUAGCAGUAAAUCAGAAGACACAACCAAACCAUUCAAUAUAAUGGACCAUGUUAGUAUGAUUAAAGUCAAUGGAGUUGGUGUACUAUUUCAAUGCAAACUGUGUAACCGAAACUUUCUUAAAAAGGAUGUGGUGAUUAGUCAUGGAUGUGCUAAAAAUGGUGGAAAAAAAAUUGCAGAGGAGAUCAAAACUGCUCCUCCACCACCACCUAAAAUUCCAUUGAUCAAGUAUAUAAAUACAAAAACUCAAAAUGUGCUUCCUAUCCAAACUGAUACAAAACCACAGGAGAAACAUGUUUUAAAUAACACACCUAUUAAUAUAGAUGAUGAUGAUGACACACCCUUGAAACCACAAAAAAAGAAACCUAAAAUUGGUCCUGCUAGUAAGGUUGGUAAACCUUUAAAUAUCACAUCCACACCCCAGCCUAUAACAUCAUCACCUUCACAAUCUACAUGUCCACCUUUAGGUGGUGUCCCUUCGGUACAAUUGCCAUUUGGAUCAGCACAUUUAAAUAGUUUAUAUAAACUUGUUCCUGGCCCAAAUAAUUCAUUUAUGUUAGUAGAAGAUAAGUCGGAAUCCCCAACUACAUCAGAAUCCACAACCAGUGCUCUAUAUGAGAGGCUUGUGAAUUCUGGAUCUAACAUGGCUAAGAAUGUUCUAAAUAAUGUUUCAACUAAACAACCGAAGCAGCUGCCGAAAGCAACAGAAAAACCAUAUCCUGUUGGUUUAUUCAAAAGUGGUGUAUCACAACAGUCUACUUCGAUACUUCCCACGGUUGAAGCACUAGCUAUGCCACCAACCAAGAAACAGUCGUAUACAAUUGUUAAAACUGGGAACCCCAGUAAAUUAGUGAUAUCAACAAAACCGCAAGCCAAUGAAAAUGAAGUACCACAAAAGAAGGCGAGGCGGUCUUCGCGUAAUUGUCCAGGCGAUAGCCGACUAACCGAGAAUGAAAAUGAAGGGCAGAAUUCAUUCUUUACAUUUGUAAAUGUUGAUCCAAUUGCUCAGCCAUCAUAUGUUCUGCCAACUGACAAUAUUAUACAAGAGUCCCAAAUAUCAACGUCUACAUCUAAAGCUGCAGAAGCCAAGGACAACGAUACGUAUUCCUGUAAUAUGUGUGAUGAGAAAUUUUCUAGAGAAAAGAAAUUGCUCACUCAUAUUCAAUCCCACUAUAGUAAGAUGGACGAAGAAGACGAGAUCAGGGCACAUAAUAACUCAAAGAAGCGGAAAAGUAAAUCAUAG